AUCGUCGUUGUUCUGGAUUCUGGAGUUCUGGACUAAAGGGACUAAAAGACAGGAGCAGAGCUCGACUCGAUCGAAUCUGGACAUCUGAACUGGAGGUGUGGCGCCUCUCCACGUCCUAGACGACAAUCCCCAGGAUCAAGUGCCAUCCAAUACGGCUCACGGCCUGAAAAAGUCUGACAUCGGCUCGGUCUUGCGCUCUUUUUCCCUCCCUGGAUUGAUGUCCGGGUGGGCGAGAGGAGGGAACCCUCCCAUCCAUGUCCUGCCCAUCCCCCCGAUCCCUCAGCCGCCACCCAACCCCUGGUCUCUGUCGGAUUUGAUCGAUGAUCCCUCCAUGGACAUGAAGAGUCGCCCGUGAACGUCUGGCCGCCAAUCCGAGCCGUGAUCAGCUGGACGGGCUGGCUGGAAACGGGGUUGAUCGCUGGGGCUGUGUUUAACCCAGUUCACCCCGGCCAGCAGAGGCCAGACCAACGCCCACUGACUGACUGAGAUAGCGGGCCAAUAGUCAGCCAGUCAGCCGGGUGGGUCCCAAUCUACACCGGAUCUAUUCCGCAGACCGGUUGGGUCCGGCCCAGUGACUUCCGGCUUGAGAAGAUGAGGUCAGUUUGGGCCUGAAACCCUCGGGGCCGUCGUGUAGCCCCCGGUCUGGGGCUGGUCCCGCCCGCCGUGCCGACGCCCUCAUGGGCGCCCAACCCGGCAAAGAGGCCCGACCGGCCUCGGCUCAGGGCGGUAUAGUGGCCACGGGUGGACCCGGCGCCCCUUUGCCGCCCACACCUGGCUGGCCCGCUGGAACCGAAUUGUCCGGCUCGGCUGGUCCUUUAAAAAGCCGGAAGAACGCCGGGGGCCGGGUGGGGGCUGGGCCCAGUGGUACCCGCUAUCCCGGCGGCAGCGGUGGGUCCGCGUCCCUCCGCUCGGGCCCGCCGGCCGGCCCAGGCAGUGGCUAUGGCGGUUUGAUGCCGGGGCCCGAAGACGGGAGCGUGGGUUUGAGCCCUUUGCCCCUGAUGAGUCAACGACACGCCCCGGCCACUCCGGAAGGCAUGCUGAAGCAUCGCCCUUUGCCCGAGAUCCCACCCGACGAAAUGAGUGUCCGCGAUAGCGGAUCCGCCGGGGGCGGCUACUCCUUGGACGGCUCCAUGCGUUGGACCAGUCGCGAGAACUUGCUCAUAUCCGCCACCGACGAAGACCCUCAGCUCUUUGUGGCUCUCUAUGAUUUCCAAUCCGGCGGCGAGAAUCAACUCUCGCUCAAGAAAGGCGAGCAAAUCCGAAUCCUCGGCCACAACAAAUCGGGCGAAUGGUGCGAGGCCCAUUCGGCCUCAGGCUGCGUAGGCUGGGUGCCCACCAACUAUGUGACGCCCGUGAACUCGCUCGAGAAACAUUCCUGGUACCACGGGCCGAUCUCGCGGAACGCCGCCGAGUAUCUCCUGUCUUCGGGGAUCAACGGGUCGUUCUUGGUGCGUGAGAGCGAGUCUUCCCCCGGUCAGCGGUCCAUCAGUCUGCGCUACGAAGGCCGUGUGUACCACUACCGCAUCCAGCAGAGCGAGGACGCGGCCUUUUUCGUAACGGCGGAAUCGCGCUUCCGUACCUUGGCCGAGCUGGUUCACCACCAUUCCAUGCACGCGGAUGGACUCAUCACGCAAUUGUUGUACCCGGCCCCGAAGCGGGAUAAGCCCGCCCUGUUUGCAUUUAGUCCCGAGACCGACGAGUGGGAAAUGGAUCGGACGGACAUUGUGAUGAAACAUAAAUUGGGCGGCGGCCAAUAUGGCGACGUGUAUGAGGCCGUUUGGAAGCGAUACAACGUCACGAUUGCGGUGAAAACCUUACGGGAGGACACCAUGAAGUUGUCCGAUUUCUUGGAGGAGGCGGCCAUCAUGAAGGAGAUGAAACACCCCAAUCUGGUCCAACUGCUAGGGGUCUGCACCCGUGAGCCCCCGUUCUAUAUUGUCACGGAGUUCAUGUCCAGGGGGAAUCUCCUAGACUACUUGAGGAACGCCAAUCGCCUCGAGGUCACCGAGGUCGUCCUCAUGUACAUGGCCACGCAAAUUGCCGCGGCCAUGAGCUACUUAGAGUCGCGCAACUUCAUCCAUCGCGAUCUGGCCGCGCGCAAUUGCCUCGUGGGUGAAAACCACGUGGUGAAAGUGGCGGAUUUCGGCCUGGCUCGCCUCAUUCGCGACGACACGUACACGGCCCAUCCCGGAGCCAAAUUCCCCAUCAAGUGGACGGCACCCGAGGGUCUGGCCUACAACAAGUUCACCACCAAAUCUGACGUCUGGGCGUUUGGCAUCCUGCUGUGGGAAAUUGCCACCUACGGCAUGUCACCUUAUCCCGGAGUGGAACUCACUGACGUGUACCAGCUCUUGGAGUCGGGCUAUCGCAUGGAAUGCCCUCCCGGGUGUCCCAGCCGCGUGUACGAGCUUAUGCACAAAUGCUGGAAUUGGGAGCCCGACCAUCGGCCCACCUUCCUGGACAUCCAUUACUCGAUGGAGAACAUGUUUCAGGAAUCCUCCAUCACUGACGAAGUAGAGAGGCAAUUGGUCCACGGGGGCGGGAGCGGCUUGAGUGGCGGAAUGUCCACCCCUCAGCUACCCAACAAAAAGGCGCGAACUGGAUCCUCGUCCUCGGCCAAACAGAGCAUCCCGGAUUUUGAGAUGCCCUUGCCUGCGGGCUCACCCCGGACCGGAUCUGCUCACGCCAUGGAGCCCGAGGCUCCCAUGUCCUCCACACCCAUGCUGUCUACAUUUGGAGGGGGUUCCUCGCUCCAACGAGGUCCCCCGCCCACCAAGAACAGCACGGUGAACAGUUCGCAAACCAACGAACCCCUGAUGUCCUCUCAGGGCAUUUUGAGCACCAAAAGUACCGUGGUUCAAUUAAGGCGGAACACGAACAAGAAGGGCCGACAAGCUCCCACGCCUCCACGAAGGACUAGCUCAUUUCGGGAUAGCACCUUCACCGAUGGUGAUCCCGAGGGUUCCGACAUGGAUCCGAACGGAUAUCACCGUGAUUUAUCAACCUUGGCCAGCCAAGAAUACGACGAGAGCGAAGAAGAUCAAUUGGAGGCGCAAAACCAAAUGGGCGUAUCCACCUUCGCCCCUAGGGUUUCGAAUAAUCCACCUCAACAGCAGCAGCAGCAACAACAACAACAACAACAUCAACAAUUCCGACGUGCCAAUAACCGAAGUCUGGAAUCCUACCGCCAACACCAGGAGCGAUCCAGGGCCAAACCUAGUAGCCACAGUAGCAGCAAGCCGCAAUCCCCCAAGGACAACAGCUCGUCCUCCGGAUCCCCUCGAUCUUUGGCCCAUCACCAACGUAACAGAAAGGACAUCCAGGUGGGUGCCCUAGACGAGCACAAUCUGAAGAGGGCGGUCCAUCGCUACGGCACUUUGCCCAAAGGUGCGCGAAUCGGAGCCUAUCUUGAGUCGUUGCGUCAAUCCGGAAUGACCCCGGAGCCCGUGGUGGAACAGGGUGUGGAAUCCGAUUCCGUGUUGGAAAACCGAAGUCUGAUCGACGGUGGCGACAACAGUCUCGAGCGAAUCGCUCACAAUGCUCAGAUGUUGCGAUCCAAUUCCUCCCAUGGGGGAUUCAGCUCUGCCAAUCGGGCUUCGCCUAAUCCCCGACCAAGUGGCUCCAUUGGGCCUCGUCGUCCAGGUGACUCGACCUCCCCUCUGCGAGGAGCCACAGCUGAAGGGCUAGACUCUUUGUAUCACCCAGGAGAGGUGGCCAGCCCGCCCGAUGGGAGGGAACGCCCGCGACCGUCGCCUCGCUCUAAACGGAAGGAUUCGAACAAAGAGAACUUGCCCGAUAAAUUCGAGAAAGGGGUCAUUUCGUCGGAAUCCGAGAGCGAGAUGAUUCCUCCGCCGACAAAAAGCUCCAUAUCACCCAUUUCCGAAGCCAGAACCUGGGAGAGCCCCAUAGUGGGCAGUUUGUCUAGCUCGGGCUCGGCGGCAUUUGAGAGUGAAGGCCGCAUGAAUCGAUCCACAUUUAAGCCUCACCCCGGGGACAAUCCGGAACACAUGAAGUCCCUCAAAGGUGCCUUGGGCCUCAAACUGGCCGACGAGCUGCGGACUGCCCAUGACAAUAAGCCAAAGAUGCAAAACGGUCAGAAGAAAGCGUCCUCCUCCAGGCCCGCCUCUAAGGGUGAACCCAAUACAUUGCUGAACAACCCGGAAAACGGCUCUCAUCAUCCUGCUACUCAACUGGUCUCCGAACUCUCCGAAUCUCUGCGAUCUCGUGCCAAGAGUCCCAUCCCGCCUGAGCGGAAAAGUCAUAAGGUCAGUAAUAAUCCUCAUACCCAAAGCAGCUCGGCCGAAAAACCGGGCUCUGCCUCCUCUUCAUCAUUGCCAACCCAAACUCAAACUGGGUUUGGCGUCGGAUCAGCUCCAUCUCCUUCUCCUCCUCCUCCUCCUGCCCACGAGAUCGACUUCAAGGCCAAUUUGCGAAAGGUCAAACGCGGAGAGGACCCCAAUAGGAAAGAGGCUGUGUCCAAGACGGACUCGCACGAGGUGGAUUUCAAGUCCAACUUGAAAAAGGCCAAGCCCACCGAAUUGGCCCCUACUCCCACAGCCGAGGACUCGGCCGCCAAAGGCAUCGUCGACUUCAAAGCCCGAUUGAAGAAGGCGAACACUUCCCACGAAGCAAAGGCUCCCAAUGCACUUGAUCAUGCGUCCCCAGAAUCAGAUCCCAUGGACUUAAAGGCGAGGCUGAGAAAGGUAUCUGGGCCCAAAACUGCCCCUCCCAGUCAUAGCAGUGUGGGCUGCACCUCGGCAACCCCUCCCGCGCCUAAUAAAUCCGACGAGAUGGCCAGUUUGAAGGAAGCUCCGGAAGACGACCCCGAGCCCCACGACGAUCCCACCAAUGAAGACAAGCGCAAGAGCACCGGCUCAAUUUCAUCCCUGCGGAAGAUGUGGGAGUCUUCGGAGCAAUCCUCUGGUCGGAAGAAGUCCUCGCCCACCAACGAGUCCCACAAUCCGGCGGGGUCGCCCACAUCCGCCGAUGGCAAUGAAAAGACCACCGUCAAGUUUGAGAAGCGGGUGUGGCCUCCAGUGCCCAGCACCGAGACCGAGAAACCCAUGGUCCCUGUCAAACCCACCAUGAAGCCUACCUUGGCCCCGCCCACCACCAAGCCACCCAAGGAGCCGGGUGUGAAGCCCCCGCCUAAACCGGCCGCGAAACCCACCUUAUGCAACAACAUCUACGCCGCCCCUUCCACCGUCACAAGACCCAAGCCCAGUGUGGCCCACAAGCCCGUCGUGUUGGGGCGCAAUGCUACUGCCGCCGCCACGUCCACGGGUUCAUCUACUUCCGGGGCAGCUGCAAGCGCGACGUUGCCCUCGUCCUCGGGAGCGCAGAUGGGUGGAUCGUCGAAUUCGGGUUUGGGGAGCGAUCGGGAAUCCCUGCUUGAAUUGUCGGUCACGUUAGGCGGGAAACUGUCCACGGCCAAACGCGACUCUCCGCUCACGUCGAGCACCCUUAAGCAGCUGAAUACGCAAGUGGGCACAUUUCAUUCCUCGUGUGCCAAUUACUUGGAUCAAGUGCCCGCCACAGGGCGGUUCCGCUAUCGGUCUCUGUUAAACAAGCUGGAGGAACAGUCUCGCGAGCUGCAAGACCUUCAAGCUUCCGGCACCAAUACCCAAAUAGUCAAUGAUAUUCAAACCACAGUCAGAGAUUUGGUCACAGUCAUCCAGCGAUAACAAGCUGUUCCUCCUUGUCCUAUUACUAUUUAUUGUCGGUCCAUCUUCUGAUGGCGUCUUGCCCGUGUUCUGAGCCGUCGUACAUACCUGAUCAGGCACACCCCAUGGCACCCUGAUGGCACCUUCAUUGCGCUGUCAUGUGGUACAUUGUCAUGGUCAAGGGGUCCGCAGACAUUUCCGCCUAUGUACAUACCUACUUCAUGACACUAUUUGUAGAUGGUCGAUUUUCUCCCGAAUUGGACACUUUUCACCAUUGGGGAGCCGACUCAACUGCCAGUCAUCCAGAAUCCCUCUUCCCAUGGCCUACUUGAACUUGGGAGGAAAUGACGUCUGCGUGGGUGGUGGCUGCUAUUUCAUCCUGAAGUUACUUCUAGUCUCGUUUUUCAACACACCACGCCCACCCGCCCCCCUUGUCAUUUUCGUCUUUUCUCAAGUUUCGCUCCGCCACAUUUUAACACCUUGAUUUUACGAAAGGGCUCAAUAUCCUACGCGUUUUUUUGUCGUCCUUGCCUGUCAAAAUUUGAUUAUUUUUGCAUUUCGUUGUUACGUCUUUGCGCUUAUUUGUGUUCAAAUGACCAUUGUGAUUAUUUUUUUACUUUUAUCUUCGCACCUUUUCCAUUCAAAACCGUCGAGAUCUUGCCUAAGGAAUGACGAUUGAUGUACUCAAUGCAUUAUAAAAAAGUGAGAUUUGGGGGUGAAGCGAAAUACUCGGAUGAUUCCAAUCCAAAUCAUUUAUUUCAACCAUCCAAUGCCCCCAAGAUAUAUCAACAUAACCACCGGUUGAGAACCAUCCUUGAUUCCAUGAUGUAUCCGAAAAGCAGGACUGGCCUUGAAGAUGGUUCGGCUGGUUCAAAGCUGUCCAUUCAAACACACCCAGCAAUAGUUUACCGCUAAACUUCCCAUCCUUACCUUUCGUUGUCGAUACCUAUUCCGUGAUCAAUGUACGAUUCAACUCUCGCAUCAGAACGAGCAGAGGGAUGAAAGUAGCGCCAUGUUCAUACGCCAAAUAAAAACCAUGAUGAAUAACCA